UGAUCUGCCAGCAUUCCAAAAGCUGUUUUGUAAGAGUAGAUUUUCCUAAUUUUUGCAUUAUGAUCCCCACAGGUAUUUAAGAACAUGUCACAGAAGCAAGAACCAGGUGUCUGUAUGGUCAUUUAUUAGCUGAGUGAAUGGGGUUUCUCACAAUUCUGUUUUUAUUACCAUGUUAUAGCACUUUGUUCUUCAUUAAAAAGUAAAGCUUUAUUAAGGGGAAGCCUGAUAGCAUUCAAACUUAAUUUUAAGCUUGCUUUUCUUUUAGUCAGUGGAGUGAAGAAGAUGAAAUUGCAGACUACAAGCAAAACUGUGAAUGGAUGGAUGAAUGUCAGGAUGUAAUGUUUGAGACCUGGUAUGAAAAGAUAGCUCAAGCUGACCCAGAGAAGCAGAGAAAGAUGCACAUGUUUGUUGCUCGUUACUGUGACCUGUUAAACGUGGACAUUUCCUGUGAUGGCUGUGACGAAAUCGCACCGUGGCAUCGCUACCGCUGUCUGCAGUGCAAUGACAUGGAUCUGUGUAAAACCUGUUUCCUUGGUGGAGUUAAACCUGAAGGACAUGAGGAUGACCAUGAAAUGGUGAACAUGGAAUAUGCCUGUGAUCACUGCCAAGGAGUUAUCAUAGGUCGGAGAAUGAACUGCAAUGUUUGUGAUGACUUUGACCUUUGCUAUGGAUGCUAUCAUGCAAAGAAAUACUCUGACAGCCACCUGCCCACCCACAGCAUCACAGUGUACCCCAUGGUGACCAUCCGCAUCAGUGACCGCCAGCGCCUCAUCCAGCCCUACGUCCACAACUACUCCUGGCUGCUCUUUGCUGCCCUCACCCUCUACAGUGCAGAUCUGGCAAAUGGGGAGGAAGUAGAAGGAGAGCAGCUGGAUCCCCAGAUCCUCAGCCAUGCCAGAGUUCUGCAGCAUCAGUGCAUUCAGCUCAUUGGGGACUGCCUGAUGAAAGCACAGCACGGAAAAGGACUGAAAAAUUUAGCUCUCCUCUGCAUGUUACCAGAAGAUGAGUCCAUCUCAGAGAAUGACACUGUUGCAGGCAGUCCUCCCACAGACAGUGCUCCAAAAAGUCAUCCUGGUGAUAGAGCAGGGAAGGGAAGAGAUGAGAAACGCAGCACAGGCUCCUUGGUGCAUCGUAGUGGGAAAGGAGAUACUCACAAGGAAAUCCAGUCUCCUGCAGAAGAUAAAGUAGGAAAACAAGAAAUUGAAAUCAAACCUGUCUCUGCAAAGAAAGCUGUUGUGAGACAAGAGUCAGACUUGUCUGUGGAUGGGAAUGUUCCUGCAACAGCAGGUGACUCCGUCUCAGAGGAUUCAACCCCAAAACCAACAGAGAAGGUUUUAAUACCUAGCCAGGAACAAGUUUUUGCUGAAUGCUCUCAGAAGAGGAUUUUGGGGUUGCUGGCAGCUAUGUUACCACCUUUCAAAUCAGGCUCCACAAUGUCUCUGAUCAACCUGGAACAAAUACUUCCACUGAUGUUUCAUGUUGUAAUCUCAAAUGCUGGCCACCUGAAUGAAACUUACCAUUUAACCUUGGGACUCCUGGGCCAGUUAAUCCUCAGGCUCAUGCCUGCAGAAGUGGAUGCUGCUGUGACUAAAAUCCUUUCAGCCAAACAUAAUUUGUUUGUACCAGGAGAUGGAUCUACAGUGCCAGAAGGAUGGAAGACAACUCAUCUUCUGUUCAGUCUGGGAGCUGUGUGUUUAGACAGCCGCGUGGGGCUGGACUGGGCGAGCUCCAUGGCAGACAUCCUGCGGGCUCUGAACUCCUCUGCACAGUGGCACCAUGUCAUUGCUGCUUUCACUGACCACUGCAUAAAGCAGCUGCCCUUCCAGCUAAAGCACACCAACAUCUUCACUCUAUUGGUGCUGGUUGGCUUUCCUGAGGUGCUGUGUAUGGGCACUCGUUCUGUGUACAUGGACAAUGCUAAUGAGCCUCAUAAUGUGAUCAUCCUGAAGCACUUCACUGAGAAAAACAGGGCAGUGGUUGUAGACAUCAAAACCCGAAAGAGAAAAACAGUGAAAGACUAUCAGUUGAUUCAGAAGUGUGAGCAGGAAGGCAGUGAUUCCCAGACCCAGCUGAGGCAGUACCUGCAGCACUUUGUCCUCAUCUCCACCCACCUCCUGCAGACCAGCAUGGACAGCAGCUAUGCUGAGGCAGUGGAGACAACUUGGGUCUUGUCCCUGGCUCUGAAGGGGCUGUACAGAACUCUGAAGAUUCAUGGCUUUAAGGAGAUCCAGUCUGCCUUUCUUCAGUCUGGUUUACUCAAACUUCUAGUGAAGAAGUGUAGCAAAGGAACUGGCUUCAGUAAGACUUGGCUUCUCCGAGACUUGGAGAUUUUGUCAAUAAUGCUGUAUUCCUCAAAGCAAGAUAUCAGUUCCCUGGCUGAACAGGAGGAUACUGAGCUGGAAGACAGGGAACAAGAUCAGGAUGUGGAGCAGCCUGUUGUUGGUCCUGUUGACUCAGAGCAGAACAAACUUGAUCCUCUGGAGGGCCUGGAUGAAGCCACCAAAAUAUGCUUCUUGAUGACACAUGAUGCACUUAAUGCACCUCUCCACAUUCUUCGAGCCAUGUAUGAGCUGCAGAUGAAAAGAACAGAAUCUUUUUUCCUGGAAGUUCAAAAGAGGUUUGAUGGGGAUGUGAUCACAACGGACGAGAGGAUCAGGACGCUGGCUCAGAAGUGGCAGCCCAGCAAACGCCUGAGGCUGGAGGAGCAGAGCUCCAAGGCAGUGGAUACAGACAUGAUCAUCUUGCCCUGCUUGUCAAAGCCUGUACUCUGUGAUAAAGCAACAGAAGAAACCAAUCCUGUUGCCCAGAAACUCAUCACCAACACAGAGAGUGACCUGCAGCUCAGCUAUGCCAAGCAGCGCCGCACCAAGAGUUCCAUUCUCCUGCACAAGGAGCUGGACUCCAGGAGCAAAAAGGCUGUGAGGGACUACCUGUAUCGUGUCAAUGAGGCCAUUGCAGUUCUGUAUGCCAGGCACGUGCUGGCAUCCUUGUUAGCUGAGUGGCCUGAUGAUGUGGCAAUAAAUGAGGAAAUCCUCGAUCUCAGUGGCCCAGCCCAUAUGACAUACAUCCUGGACAUGCUGAUGCAGCUAGAGGAGAAGCAGCUGUGGGAAAAAAUUCUGCAGAAAGUGCUGCAUGGGUGCAAGGAGAGCAUGCUGGGGACCAUGGCCCUGACAGCCUGUCAGUUCAUGGAGGAGCCAGGGAUGGCUGUGCAGAUGAGGGAGUCUCAGCAUCCUUACAACAACAAUACCAACUUUGAGGAUAAAGUUCACAUUCCUGGUGCUAUCUACCUCUCCAUCAAGUUUGACUCGCAGUGUAACACAGAGGAGGGCUGUGAUGAGCUGCUCAUGUCCAGCAGCAGCGACUUCCAGCAGGAUCGGCACAGCUUCAGUGGGUCUCCACAGAAAUGGACUGACUUCGAGCUUCCAGGAGACACACUCUACUACCGAUUCACUUCUGACAUGAGCAACACUGAGUGGGGUUAUAAGUUUACAGUGACAGCAGGUCAUCUGGGCAGGUUUCAGACAGGGUUUGAAAUUCUGAAGCAGAUGCUGUCUGAGGAAAGGGUAAUUCCUCACCUCCCUCUGGCCAGGAUCUGGGAGUGGCAGGUGGGAGUGGCGUGUCGCCAGACCGGCCACCAGCGCCUCAAGGCCAUCCACCUGCUGCUGAAGAUCGUGCAGUGCAGCAGCCAGGGGGACUGUGACCUCACCUUACUGAAGCCACUUUGGCAGCUCUUCACCCACAUGGAAAACAACUCGUGUCAUGACUCGGCCAAGCCUGGUAUCCUCCUUCCUCUUCAUCGUGCACUGGCAGAACUCUUCUUUGUGACAGAAAACAGAGUUACUGAGCUUGGAUCUCUACAGGAGUAUUUGCUUGCCUUAAAUACUGAAGAUCAUCUUCAUCGCUGCACAGCACAGGCCCUGAAAAACAUUGCUGCUAUCAGCCUUGCCAUUAACUAUCCAAACAAAUCAACAAGUUUCUGGAAUGUUUAAUACUGGCUCAGGCCGGAGUGCAUGGGAUAGAGUAGUUUGUCCAUAGGACAUGGGAACAAACAUCUUAACUCCAUUCAGGAGAAGUUCCUUCAGCUUCAGUGUAUGAGCACUCUGCAGCCUUCCUUCCUUCCACCUUGAUGUAGAAUUUGUAAAAGUAACAGCUCACUUCAAUGAAAAAGCACAUCCUGAAGUAACUCAUGCGUCGCCUACAGUUAUGUAUGCACAUAUUGUAGCAUGUUAGAGUAAACAGAACAAUAUUGUUUUUUAUUCAGAGGAAGUAAAGGAAAGAAGGUAGCUGAAGUAUGAGAAUGGAAGGCCCCCACGUUUCUAUCAUCUGCUCCUGAGGAAACUUGAUCCAUGAAAGAUGUCAGCUUCAGAAAAUUGUGCUGAACUCGGGGUGCUGCCAUCAGCAGUGUCUGUUGUACAUCUGCAGAGUGGAACAGGCAAACCAGAGUCUGGUGGCUGCUCCAGCAAUGGUCCAUGCUUGGAUCCUGUCAUUUUUGCUUUGGAGGCUACUUCCCAAGGAAAAGGAUUUCAAUUCUUACUAAACUACAGGUUGUAAAACAAAUUGUGGUUGAUUUGCAAAGUAGUUGAAGGAUUCCAGUUUCACAGCAUCCUUGUGCAAGAGCUUUAUGUUUCUCCUGUUCUUUGGGUCACCUGUUCUUACCUUGCUUUAUCUCCAGUGUAUUAUUCCAAAUAGCCCAUUAUUGUAGUGCAGAGAGCAGAGGCUGGCCUUCAGUCACAAGGCAGUGGUGAUAUGAAGACCUAAAGAACCUACAUGAUUCUGAAAAAUCACAUCUUUACAAGAAAUUAUGAGAAGACAUUUUUUUCCUUCAGUUAUUCUGAUAUUAGUGGCUUAGGAGGUCCUUCUUGGCAAUGUUGGGAACCCAGACUCCCAGCACUCAGGGUGGGGUUAAUGAUCAAUCCACUCUUAUCUUACAGAGCAAUAACCACAUUUCUCUUAGUGAGCAUGGAGUGAAUUGCAGACCUUCUAUGCUGCAAUAAAUUGGCUUUCUUCCUGCACAGCUAUAUUGGUUAUUCCCUCUCCAAAGAGUUAAAAAGAACACAGAAAUAUUUGGGGGUGUAUUUUGUGUACCAUUGCACAGUUUGUAGAGCUGGUCUUGUCAAAUAUAAAUUCAGAUUACUUUUAAUGCUAAAUAUUUUCUUCUUUUCUUCUUUACCCCAACACUGGAGAAUGGAAAAAAAAAAGGCAGCCAAAAGCUCUAAUAGUAAAUUAAUGCAAGUUGUGUGAAGUAGUGGCUCUGUCAGAAGGAAAUGUAUUUAUUGACCCUGCUUGUCCAAAAUUUGAGUGGUGCCCAAAUACCAGUGCACAGGCGCCCUGCUUUGGGGAGUAUCCUCUGAACUGAUGGUCUUCUCAGUGGGGCUGGAGUUUAAGGGUGGCCCAAUCUCCCUCUGAGAGGGAAACAUGCAGUAAUACAUCCCUUGGAUUUUUUUGAUGGCCUCUUGUGCUGUAGAGUUUUGUUUUGACUUCUGUUCAACCAAGUGAAUGCACAGCAAGUGCUGAUUUAGAAUGGGAUUAUUCUGCUUGAAAGGCUUAAAACUGAAGUCCAAGAAGCAGCAUGCUUUCAGGAAUGGAGUGGCUCUCUUAGCAAAUGAGAAUGCCAGGAUUCAGGAAAAGUGUAAUAUUUGUGAAAGACUGAAAGGAAGCAGAGAGAUGCUGCUCUGAAAGCCCUCCUUGAGCAUCAUGAGUUGAUUUCCUUAAAGACAUCAGGAUGGGAAGGGAAUUAUCAAGAUUGUGGUGUACCUUUAAUGCAGAGAUCAUUCUGUUCCCACACAAGGUGUUUGAGUUUGCAGCCUCCCUGCAGGGCUGUCAGAGAUCCUGGGAACCAACUGCUUCACACUUGUCAUUGCUGGAACAGAUCCUGGCAGGGGAGAUGCUCCUAAACUGAUGGUAGGGAGUCACGUGGAUGGGGCAGGUGAGCACUUGGAAAUUGCUUCUCUGGAGCAGGAGGAACUUCCUCUUCACUGCCUCUGUGGGCACCCAUGGCUGAGGAAUCAUGGAUCUGCUGUGCUGACAUCGCCCGUCACUCAAAGAAGGAUUUUUCUUUUCUCACAUCAGGGAUUGAAGACUGUAAAUAAACCAUUCAUAGAACCUGUCACAGCUCUGUCACAGUCACUUUUUUUCUGUUGGACUGUCCUUUUGCUUUCUGGAUGAAGACAUGAGGCUGCAAGGAUGACACAGGAGUGGCCAGAACUCCUUGCUAGGCAUUACCACUCAACUUACUCUACCAGCAGUGACUGGCCUCGUGAGUCAGUCGUCUUGCCCUGAAGGAACUGUCUAGGAACAGUGUCCACUAAAUAUAAUUUCUACCCACUAGAUGGAACUGAAGGACUGUGACCUGAGUUGACACUGAAUCUGUUGCUGCCUUAUAACUCAAAUCAUUAAUUAUGGAUUUUUUAACAGACAAGAAACACUGAUUAUUUUUUUUUUCCUUCUGGUAGCUCUAAAGAAAGAGGAAUAGAAUACCAAUAAUGAAUAUUCAUGAUCAAUCACAUUUUAAAAAUUAUGCAGAAGUUCCAAGUGGAUGUGAAUGAUGCUAUUGAAUUGUAUAAAACUGUCUGGAAAACAGGUAUGCUGAAAAAAAUGUGCCUAAUAUAAGAAAAACUAAAAAAGUUGUCCUGCCUGAAUCACCUAUGAUGUGUUUAAAACAAAUCAUAUUGUUCCUAAUGAUACAUUUGACUUGCUUUCAUUAAACACUUAAAAAUGAGAGUUUUAUAAUUUCUUUUCUUACGGGUUUACUACUUUGCAAUUUUUAUCAGUUGUUUAAAAUAUAUCAGACCUUUAGAUUUAUUCCAGUUCAGUUCAACAUGUAAAAAGAAAGCUACAGAUGUGGGUAAAAUAUGCAAAUGAAGAGAAAUAUAUUGUAAAAAUUCUAUAAAAUCAAAAAAAGUACAA